AUGGCGACAAUAGAAAAGCUCAAGCGUAUCAACACCGACCUGGCGGCUGAGAACGCCUCUUUCCGUAGUCGUCUCGAUGCACUCCGAUGUGAGGCUGAACACAAGAAGGAUUGCCUACGGCGGAGUGGCCACUAUGUGGUUGCAUUGAAGGAGGAACGGCGGGAAAAGGAGGACAAUAUUGUCAAGUUGGGAUCUCUAGUGGAAUCUCUGAACGCUGAUAAGAAGGAAUUAAAGGCGGCUGCUAGUCACGUACGUAGCGACAACGACAGGCUCGAGAGAAUCGUUCAGGAAUUGCGAGAAGAGAUCUCGGCGUUGAAGGCUCUUCGUGACGAAGGGGAUGAUCAA